AUUUAAUUGAAUGACAAGGCCGAGCGUUGAUUGAACGAGCGUCAGUAAACGUCAAACAGCUCGCAUUGACAGCACUGUGUUGAUAUUUACAUUACUUUUCGUUUAAACCUACUUUAAAGUGCGUUAUUUGUACUAUACUAUAGUGCCACAGCAUGGAUUUACCUGUCGAAACGCCGCCGCAAGCUACCUUUAAAGAAAAAUUUUAUUCUAAACUGAGUUAAUACGAACAACAAAAUCAAGGUUCUCAAAGAAAACCAUGGUCUGCCGAAAGAAUUGUAGAGGUUAUCAACAAUGUUCGAAAGGCAAGGGUGGCCAUAAAAUCUAAGGAAGCUAGGACAUCGAUGGAUUAUUACUGGAUAUCAAAGUACGAUAUUAUGACUGUAAAAAACGAAGAUUAUCUGAUAUUUAAAAAUAAAUCUUCGGAUUUUCCGACGGUGCGUGUUAUAGCUAGAAACGAGUAUUUUGACACAUUGGAAGACAUACAUAAAGCGUGCGGUCAUGGUGGGCGAGACAAAAUGUUACAUGCUAUCAAGUCAAAAUAUUAUAUACCUAGAAAAGCAAUAGAAAUAUUCCUUGCUCUCUGUCCUACAUGUGAAACGAAAAAGGUGUUACCCAAAAAAGUUACAGUAACAAAGCCAAUUGCAUCUGGAUACUUUAAUAUUCGAGGGCAGGUGGAAUUGAUGGACUUUCAGUCUUGUCCCGAUGGCGAAUAUAAGUGGUUAUUAAAUUAUCAAGACAAUGCUACACAAUUCGUUAGCCUUCGGCCGCUUACAACUGAUAAUGCACAGGAGGUAGCAAUGGAAUUAAUGAAAAUAUUUAUGAUUUUUGGACCACCGUACAUCCUGCAAUCUGAUAAAAGACGUGAAUUCACGACAGAGAUUAUCGCAAAAAUUACUUCCAUGUGGCCUGAGUGUAAAAUAGUUAAUAGGAGCCCUAGUCAUCCCCAGACCCAAAACAGUGUAGAAAAAAACAACCAGGAUAUCGAAACUAUGUUGAGGACGUGGAUGAAAGACAACAACUCCACAAAUUGGUCUAUAGGAUGCCAUCAUGUUCAAUAUGAAAGAAAUGCAUCAUUAAAUCACAUAAUUGGAAAAUCUCCGUACAAAGCUUUAUUUGGUCGUGAUCCCAAAGCUGGAUUAAGUGGUACAGUUAUACCUCAUUCAGAAGAAGAAUUACAAAACCUCUCUCAGCAAGAAUCCAGUAGCGAAAACAAUCUUGUGGCUUCAGCUACAAAGCCUAUAAAAUCAGAGAUUGAAAUUGACGAACUGAGUAGUAAUAUUGAAAUUCCUGAUCAAACUGAAUCUGAUCCAAAUUCUAAAUUAGUGCCCUGUUGUUCAAAAAAUUUAAGGGAUGAAUCUGCAACUAAUGAUAAUAAAAUUAAACCAGUUGACAGCAAAGACUAUAUUCAAACUGAGGAGGUAGAGAACUUAGAGAUAAACUCGGGGGCACAUACAUGCAGGUCAUCUGAAAAUACCGUGGACGCUGUUCGUGACUUAUCUGAUGAGGAACAUGAAGGCAAUGAUUUAAAUGUUGUAUGCAAAAGUGAACAAGAUACACAACCUCAACCAAAAAAAGUUUUUAAAGGUACAAAGCGAGCUGCUGCGAAAAUGGAAAAUGAUACGGCAAAAAAAUUACCACCUUUGAGUAAUGGUGAAACGGUGAUUAUCAGCAUUCCUAAAGCAGACCGCGGUCCUUUGGAUAUACAAAAUAUAAGAGGAAAAAUUGUUGACUUCCAAAAUGGAGUGUACAGAGUAGGAACCAAAUCAGGAAUCAUAAAAAAUUGGUUUGAACGGCAUGAAAUGCAAAUUUCGUCUGAUGAUUAUGAUGAUGAUAUACUUGAUACACCGAUAUCUUUAAGAGAGACUGUGUUACGCGAAUCUUUAUUUGGAAGUAAGGGUUUUCAAAAAUGUGUUUGUAGACCAGCGAAAAACCAGUGCCGCACAAAACGGUGUGCUUGUUUUAAGAAAAAUAUGCUCUGCAGUCCAAAAUGCCACAACCAUUUGACUUGCGUUAAUAAAUAAAUGCUAAAUUAAAGUGCCUCCAAUUUAUUUUUUAUGUAGAAUUAAGAUAUGCAUGUAUAAAGAUUGGCUUAAUUUAUUUGUAAUACUUUCUCAUUGUCAUAGUAAGAAACUGAAAUGUUUAGAAUAAGCAAUGUGACUGAUGUUAAUACAAGUAUUUAAUAAACGUGCUGUAUGUUGAGCUUUUUUAUAAGAAAAUUAUCAAAAAUCAUAUACUUUCGAAGAUUCAGAGGUUUAAAAAUAAAAUAUUAGACUAGUUCUAACUACAUCAGAGUGGCUGCCCUUUUCUUGGAUUCUUUGAAUUGAAUAGUAUGUAUUGCCUAUCUUAAAACUUAGUACUUAAUCAUAGUGUGUCAUGUAAUUUUCUUACUUUUGUUGUCUAAAGUAAGAUUACUUUUUAAGUGGGCGAG